AAUCAUUUCUUAUCUAAGAUAACCACCCAUCAUAACUACUUACGAUGCAAAGCAUCCGGCCAUCCCGAAUUCGUGAUGUUCAUCAUGUGCAACCCAAAUCUGGCGAAUCGCCCUCGGGAAUAAAACCUGUAUGACCCAAGGUCAGCUCGACCAGCCACCCCCCAUUGGUCCAGCUGGGCUUUCUUUGGUUUUGUUUUGCGAAUCAUGCUUUUACAUUAACCAGAUGGCUUAUGUGACUGGCUUCGAUUUGCAAUCGCUGUCUUUCAUCAUUUCUUCUAUUCUUACUUUUUCUCCUACUUGCGUUGUUGUUCCCCCCACUCUGGACGGGAAAAGCAGUAAGAAAGGCUGCUCUUCUCACGCAGAUUUUUGUGCUCGGCCUUACGGAGAAGAAAGCGAAAGAAUAAGGUGAAACGGCUCAAUGCGCAACAAGCGCAGAUGCCACCUUGAGACGCGAAGCAUUAAGAAAAACAAAACAGGGAACGGGCUGAAUGAAGUGGACAGGUAGGAUUGGAAGUAAUAAUAAUAUAAAAUAUAAUAAAAUAAA